AUCUGAUGGAACCAGCGAGACGUGUGUUAUCAAACACAUCUACAAGAAGCUAUUUAGAGAAAGAGCUUAUUUUGUCUUUGGAUAAUGAAGGGCCAAUGAUUGGCCCAAAUCUAGAGACGAUGGAUACACAUCAUCAAGAAGAUCGAGACACUAUUGUAGAAAAGACACAGAAUUUUUGGUGGAAAAUGUCCCAAGACAAGACAUUAGACCCUAAACAACUUCCCCCAAUAAAAAAAAAUAUCAUUUUAUUGGUAGUUGCAAUUAGUGGAUCCAUAUCACCCGUAUCUUCUACUCUUUAUUAUCCAGCUCUUGUUACAAUGCAAUAUGCUCUUCAUACUACUGCCACUGCCAUGAAUGCUUCUUUAUCUAUAUUUACCUUUUUCACGGCUUUUUUUCCGCUGGUGUGGGCCACAUUUGGUGAUCGAUUUGGGAGAAGACGUAUUUAUAUCAUCUCAUUCUUUAUUGCAUUGCUUGGCUCUAUUUGCUGUGCAUUAUCUGUCAAUGCAGAAAUGUUUAUUGUGUUUAGAGCAUUUAGUGCAAUUGGCUCUUCUUCUGCCAUGUCAAUGGGUGCAGGUACUAUUGCUGAUAUAUUUGAACCUCAUGAAAGAGGGAAAGCAUUUGCUUAUUAUACCUGUGGUCCUCUUUUGGGGCCUGCUAUUGGACCCAUUGUAGGCGGCUAUUUGAAUCAAGGUUUAGGUUGGAGAAGCAAUUUCUGGUUUUUGUCCAUCUUUAUUCUCUUUCUUUGGUUAGGUAUCCUCUUUUUAUUACCAGAGACAUGGAGAGCAACUGAAAAAGUAAGCAACGACAGUGAAGAUCAAAAAACAAAAAAGAGAAAUUUUGUAAAUCCAGUGGGUGCACUUAAAUUAUUAUUGUAUCCUAAUAUCGCAUUGACAGUUGCAUUUACAAGUAUCUUAUUCUUUGCUCUUUAUUUAAACAACACGACAUUUACUAGAACUUACACCUUGCAAUACGGAUUUGAUUCUGGUAUUGUAGGUAUUUGCUAUUUACCCAAUGCAGCAGGUUCUAUGUUGGGUGGUAUUUUAGGUGGUCGCAUGUCUGAUAAAGUGUACAACAAAAGCUUAAAUAAGGCAAAGGCCAAUAACCAAGAGAUAUAUCCAGAAAUGCGUUUAGGUAGCUUUUUGUUCUACAGUAUGAUCUUGUUACAACUGGUUGCUUUUAUUGCUUACGGUUGGUGCCUUGAAAAAAACGUUCAUUUUGCUUAUGGUCUUGUGUGUCAAUUCUUUAUCGGUUUUGCCUUGAUGUUUCCAAACGUCACUCUCAAUGCUUAUAUGGUAGAUUGUUUUCGAAAGCAAGGUGCUUCUGUCACAGCAUGUAACAACUUUGCAAGAUAUAUUAUGGCUGGCAUUGGUUCUCUUAUUUCUACUGACAUUAAUAAUGCAAUGGGAUCAGGCGUUCUAUUUACAUUUUGUGGUGCCCUCUUGUUGAUCUUUUCAUUUGGUCUAAUCAUAGUCAAAAAAUAUACCCAUAAAUGGGCAGCACUUCGAGCAAACCAAGCUGCAUAAAAAUAAGCCACGAUAGAGACAAACCUGUCACAGGCUUCAUGUUUAAAAAAUCAAUGCCCUUUUUCCUUUUUUCAAACUCUUUUUUUUCUCUC